AUGGAAAGAAAUAGUAAAUACAAACGAAAACGAGAUUAUCCACAUCAAAAUUAUAAAAAAUGCACAAAAAAUGGCUCGCUUUUAAUCAAAAUCAACCUCCAUUGCCAAUCAUCACGCUCUCACACACACCCUCCCUGCCCAGAGCGUCAAUCGGGCACGUUCUACGAGGUGCUCCAGGCCGGCCGUCGGGGGCGCAUCAAGUACCUACGGAGCACCGAGAUUCCCGCCGCAGUCGACUCGUGGGUUCGGAACAGGAAGGACGUGCUGCUGAUCGAGGACCUUACUGCCCGGAUCUACAUGGGGCAGGACGUCACUGACACAGGUCGGUGUGACUUCUACACCUCUCGCGAUGAAUUCCUUCCCCUUAUCUUUGCCAUGAUCGGACAGAAGAACAGCCCCCUUAUACCGGUUAUUAGCGAUAAGAUCACGAGACUGACUGAGGGCGGCGUCUACGAACACUGGGUGAAGAUGAGCAUUCCGAACUCCACGGUGUGUGCGCAUGCGUCGUCGAAGAUCACCGUCAACACGUCCCUCACGCUUGCCAACCUCUGGGGUGUCUUCGCCGUUCUCGGCAGUGGACUGACCGUCGCCCUCAUCGUCUUGCUUCUAGAAGUAUGUCUCAGCUUGACCUUCCGUCGCAAUGAGACGUCUUCAUCACAGGAAAUCUAACUCUGUCUUCUGAAGAAAAACAAUAUAUAUAAUUAGAAAAAAAAAAACUAUCUUGCACUGUCUUCAGAAGAUCAUCUUUUAGACUGUACAUACAGCAUAGUCUUGAGAAGAAAAUAGCUCCACACACAUAACCUUUGCUUUGCUUAUAUCAUACAUCUUUUGUAUUAUGGGGUCCAGAAGACUGUUGUCAACACCAAUCUUCACUUAAUUCUUCAUUAUCCACUUAUUAUCUAUUUUCAUUCAUCAU